GGGCCAAAAAUCAAUGACCACCGGUUGACCAGACGGUGUGUGACUGAUAGAUUAUGACUGUUAUCUGACAGCACCUACUCGUACAUGCAAUUAUUUAAUAUGCAUAUUCUCCUCCUCUACCCUACAUCAUCCUGCCUACGUUGACGCCAACAAUCUACUUGCCCAUACAAAGAGAAGUUAUAUCGAGAUGACUUCUGCCCCGUCCGCAUAACUAUUCUUCCAGUUCAAGAUCUUUUUCCAGCCAAUCUUCAGUUAAUCUCUAGUUCCUGGAGCUGUCCAGCAAACCAGUUACCUAGCCACACACACCAACAUCAAAAUGCUUUUGCGAUUAUUACGCCCUUUUCGAAUACAUAAACACCACAUAGCUAUACAGUCUUCCUUGGUGGUUGGGAGAAUAUCAAUACGGCGACGGCAGUCUUUGGAGAAGGUACGGACUAUUGGGUGAGACUUGGACGGCUCGAAGUGGUGGCAAUAGUUCCUGUAGCAUUGAAAUUUGGAUAUUGAACGGAGAGCUGGAUAAUUGAGCAGUGGCAACGACUAGAAUUGAUACCGGAAAAUGGCAUCGAUUUUUACAUAUGAACCCGAACCCCCAAGGGUAGAAUCACCAUGGUUGUUGACUCCUGCCGAUUCUCCUAAACCAGCUUCACCUCAGCCAUAUCCAAAGUCUCUCAACAGCUCCCCCGGCUCAACUCACAUUUCGGACUAUGGAGUCACAAAAUUGGAGGCAGAACCACAAGAAGGUCCCACAGAAUACAAGCUACAUCUUUUGUUGCGACCGAGGAGGACAUAUAGUACUUCAAGCACUGGCUCAAUAAUAUCUGGUUCUCAACAGCACAAACAGCAACCCCUUAAUCAGGAGAAAGCGAGUCCCAUACUGGCACCAUCCAAUCAGAGCAAACAAAAACGUCUAGAGCAGCUCACAACUCAAUUGCUGUGGCGCCUACAGCAGUCGUCCCCGUAUCAUGCAUCAUCUACAAGUGAUCUGGUAUUACCGAAAUUGCCUGGCAGCGCAACGAGCUUAGAUGCUCCUUCAAGACCCGGGAAGCUGUUAGCUGGGCUUGAGGAAAGCCGUGGAGCACUGUAUGAAAUAGGUGUUUCUGAUGACGGUACCUUUGUCGGUCUGACGAGCGAUGAAUUAGACGAGAGUUUAACAAACCUACGGGCUAUGGCAGCUAGUCUUGGAUGCAAUGUUGAGAUUGUUCGGAAGGUAGUUGUUGGGGAAUGUGAGUGGCAAGAAACAGAUGAACCCGCAACAUCUCAAAUUUCACAGCGACUCAAGAAACAAAAACCAUGGUUGGUCCCUGAAGAUCAAGCGAUAUCAACAAAUCUCCGGCACCGAGAGAAAUUGUGGGUCGCUGAAGCCCUCAUUACUCCAGAUCUCAGUUCGAAACGAGCACAGUCAAUGAGCUACGAUGAAGCUCCUGUCAUUCGUCAACAAACUCCACAGCCUACGAUCAAUGAGGUUAUUGAGGCGUCUGCUCUUCAACGUGAGGAUACAACUGAACAGCUGCGUAUCACCCUUACUGGUCCCACUACAUCUGGCAAAUCAAGUCUAUUAGGUACUUUGUCUACCACAACGCUUGAUAAUGGCAGAGGUAAAAGUAGACUCAGUUUGUUGAAACAUCGACAUGAAAUUGCUACAGGGAUUACAAGUUCCGUGGCGCAGGAGUUAAUUGGUUACAAAAACUCACAGGUCAUAAAUUAUGCUUCUGGCAAUGUAACGUCUUGGACAGAUAUUCAUGCCACAGCAGAAGAUGGCCGGCUUCUAUUUGUUUCUGACUCUGCUGGUCAUCCUAGGUAUCGCAGGACAACAGUGCGAGGCUUGGUUGGUUGGGCUCCCCAUUGGACUGUUCUAUGUGUGGCAGCAGAUGACACUGGUUCGAGCGGUGCCGGAAGUACUUCAACAACAGAGCUUCUUGGCACUGUUGGAGCAGGAACCGACCUUGCAAAAGCACAUCUUGAGCUUUGUUUGAAACUGGAUAAGCCUUUGGCUAUUGUGAUCACCAAGCUUGAUCUAGCUUCAAGACCUCGUUUAAGCGAGACACUGUCGAAACUUCUAUCUGCUAUCAAAGCGACAGGGAGAACUCCUUCAAUUCUUCCACCAGAUAAUUCUAAAAAUAUCAUUGAUGCCGAUCUAAUUAGUAUACUUCCUCAAGAUACCGAUACUGUUAAAAAAGUCAUCAAUACGAUGGCAAUGUCAGAUCUCAGGUCCAUUGUUCCUAUCAUUCUCACAAGUGCGGUCAAGGGAACCGGUAUUCGUCAGCUUCAUGCUCUUCUCCAGGCUUUGCCGAUACCUACACCACCCACUCCUAACGACUAUAUUGGCAUGGCACUUAAUCCAGAACAACCCUCGUCUCUAUUUCACAUUGAAGAUGUGUUUGGGGUGCCAGCUUCCUAUGAUGCUUUGGCCUGUAAUAGUAAUAGCAUUAGUGCGGGAACUGUAGUUGCCGGUCAUCUUAGGUUUGGUAGGCUAUCAAUUGGAGAUAGUAUUGUCGUAGGCCCUUUCCCAGCAGGUUCUGACAAUGGUGACUCCCCUAAAACUGGCCCCCGUUCUUCUCCCACCAGUCCAGGUACCUCACUCACGUAUCCCUCAGCAACCGAGCUUUCUAGGAUAGCCUUAAGAAACACGCCAUCUGCCUCAAUUACUAAAGGCGAAUGGCACAAUGCACAUAUAGUCAGCAUUCGUAAUCUUCGCCUGCCAGUGCACACAAUUGAAGCUGGUCAAGUCGGAACCGUCGGCAUUGUUCUCGACUUACCGACUCAAGAAGACUCAAAUAGUCCUAUGGAAAGUUCUUCUCAAACUGCUCCUCGAAUCCGCAAAGGAAUGGUGAUGGCAAUCCCCAGUAAACAUAUGAUUCAAACUCAUCAUUCUCUUCAAGCUGCCAGUGGUUUCACUGCCUCCUUUGAUGAUGGUGACAUUAAUUCCGUCACUCCAGGCACAGUAGUGGUAAUAUACAUAGCUAGUGUUCGCGCUUCAGCUCGGGUCCUCAAACUAACCCCUAAUCUCCCUGCCAGAGAUAUGGGAGCAGAAGAUGCAGAAGAUGUUUUUGGAUUGGGACUACUGGAUGGCUGUGAUGUAGCUGAUUCCAACGGGAAACUAAAAGAUGAGCCAUUUAUUUUUGGCACCGAUGGCAUUACAGAUGUCAGUUUUGAAUUGUUGACAUGUAGGGAAUGGAUAGAGUUGGGUAGUCAGGUUUUGGUCAUGCCCGGGGGUGGUCAUGGACUGUAUUCUGGAAGCGAGCGGGGAGAGAAGGGAGUUGCUGGGUUGGAAGGCUUUGUAGGGAGAGUUGGGGAGGUUGUUGAUUAAAUGUUACUCUCGAGUUGAUGGGUUGUAAUUAUUAGCUUGGCUAUGUGCCGAAAAAGGUACGAGGAGUUGAAUGGGAUAGUAUUGUGUGUAUGUUAUUUAAGCGUACGUACCUUAUGCACCGCACUAGAAGGCGUAAUUUCUUAGAGCAACUUUUGUCAUCGACUGAAGAAAUGCAAGAUAGUUCUUACA